CUCAAAAAUCCAUCCCGCCAAAACCAACUGAAUCACAACAAAUCCAACCUCCUCUCUCUCGGAAAUUUUCUCUCUCUCUACAGCAAUGAACAAUCUUUUCAGUGAAAAGAUGGCUCUGAUUCUUCUCCUCUCUCUCCUCUUCACCACCACCGCUGCCAUUGUUACAGUCCAAGAGCUUGACUCAGCCUUGUUCGCUCUCCGAUCACGAGGCUACACUCUUUUCCCGAACGCCAUCACCACGUCCGAUCUCCGCCUCCUCCUCCUCACCUUAAAUACCAGUUUUACCCUUUUCUCUCCACCGGACCCUUCCGUUUACUCUCUCGACAUCUCCUCCACCGCAGCUGUGUAUGUCAACUCCCUCCUCUGCCAUGUUUCCCCUGUACACCUCUCCAUGUCUGAUCUGCGAAGCAUCAAAGGUAAUACUUAUCUUGAUACUCUCGUUCCUCCUCACCGUAUGUCCAUUGUUAGGUCCCUUGCUUUUGACAACGACACCGUUUCCGAGAGUAUUUUGGUGGAUGGAGUUCGGGUAUCUGUUCCGGAUAUUUUUCUUGGGUCCGGUAUUGCGGUUCACGGACUGGAUGGGAUUCUUGCUGCCGGACUUGGGUCAAAUUCUCAGGAGCAAGCAGACCACAUUGGUGAUGCACCCGUUCUGUCGCCGGCGUCUUGGUUUGAGCGGGAAUCUCCAGCGAGUUCUUCGAAGCCGUUAUCUUGGUCUGAGCGGGAAUCUCCAGCGAGUUCUCCGAGGCCUGUAUCUUGGUUUGAGCGGGAAUCCCCCGCGAAUUCUCCGACGCCUAUAUCUUGGUCUGAGAGGGAAUCCCCGGCGAGUUCUCCGACGCCAGUAUCUUGGUCUGAGCGGGAAUCCCCCGCGAGUUCUCCGACGCCAGUAUCUUGGUCUGAGCGGGAAUCUCCAGCAAGUUCUCCGACGCCGGUAUCUUGGUUUGAGCAGGAUUCUCCAGCGAGUUCUCCGACGCCAGUAUCUUGGUCUGAGCGGGAAUCUCCAGCGAGUUCUCCGACGCCGGUAUCUUGGUUUGAGCAGGAUUCUCCAGCGAGUUCUCCGACGCCCGUAUCUUGGUUUGAGCAGGAUUCUCCAGCGAGUUCUCCAACGCUGGAGUCUGGAUUGAGGGCUAAGAAGGAUUGGAAUCAGCAAGGGUUUAAUGGUGAUUUUAGCAAUGACGGCAUUGAGAUUGAAAAUACAAAGUUUGCUAAGUACAUUCGUCGAUUUGGUUUGUGAGUUUCAUAGUUGAAAAGACAGGGCAAGUAUACAUUUAGCGUGGGCUCUGUUUGGUUGCUGAGAAAAUCAUUAAAAAUCAAUCAGAGAGCUUGAAACUAAUUUUUCUUGUUUGACUGGAAAUUUUUGAUGUAAAAAGUUCAAUUCUUGAAUAUUCUUUGCUUGGAUUGUUGAUGCCACACAAGAAUGAAUUUGAAUAUAAAAAUCCCUUGAUCAAGAUUCUAGUAUUAA